UACAGAUCAACAGUAUUACGUCACACCAACAGGUGCAAGUGGACUGAGUAAGCCGAGUGAAAUACACAGGAGUCUACAAACAGGAGAGGAAGACUAAUUAGUCAGGAAAUUGUUUACACCUUUUCAGGACUUUUCUCCACCGCACCUGAGGCGUAUACUUACAUGUGUGUGGAAAUUUGAAGAUGGACACAAAUCUUUGAUAGUGUGUGAUCAGCUGUGUAUGUGAAGAAGUACAGCUUUAGAAUAUAUUCCGGAGUUUCAGCAUUGCUUCCGGGAAUGCAUGUUUCCUGAAGUGUCUAGAGCUUUCGGGAUAUCGUUUUAUUACUGCACAUGAUUUAAACCUGUGUAUUCCAAUUUCUGACCGCUUUUUACUGGAGAGAUUACAAUAUUCAAGAUGACUCUCAAUUGUGGUGGGAAAAUUGGGCGGCUGUUUCUGAUGUCCAUUAACAUUGUAUUCAUGGUCAUUGGACUUGGUUUACUGGUAGUUGGUGCGCUGAUGAAAUCAAAUGUAUUGGGACUUAAAGACGACAUCAAAGCUGUUCUGAACGGUAUAGUUGUGAACGACUGGAAGUUGGGAAACCUAGUGGGCAGCCUGACAAUUAUAUUCAUCUUCAUCGGUGUUUUUCUCUUUUUGGUGGCCUUUCUUGGAUUCUUUGGUGCUUUUUUCCAAAAUAGAUGCGUGCUUGUUACGUACGCAGUCUUGGUACUAUUACUGUUACUAAUGAAGAUAGCGGUUAUAAUCCUGUGGUAUAUCAUGAAAAAUGGCAUUGAAAAUGAGAUUAAAUCUCAUCUUCUAGAGUCCCUGAAGACAAAGUUUGUGGAUGAUUCGACAGAUGGAGGAAACGACAUAUCUAAUGCAUGGAAUAUCAUGUUUAUGUCACUGGACUGCUGUGGCGUAAAUCCUGUAAACUCUACAACAAAUGAUUUUGACCAGACUACAUGGUGCACGACUAAAGGAGACUGUCAGGAAACCAACGCAGACAUUCCUAAGACCUGUUGUAUCGGGGUCACAGAGAGUACUUACAAAUCCGCCCCGACAAAAUGUUAUUACUCUCUCCAAAGAGAAACAUAUAACAAAAAGGGUUGUUAUCAAGCUAUAAAGGACCUGUUGAAUGACCAGAUAACGGACAAUGCCCCUCGUGUCCUAGCUGUUGCGAUUACUAUUUCGCUUUUAGAGGCUACCUUUUUCAGGUCUUCGCAAUUAUUUCUGCUUUCGUUGUUGGCAGACAGUCUGGAAAGAAUGAAAAGCUACAUACGUCAAAGCCUAUCUAAAUGUCUUAUUUAAAACACCUUUUCCUCUCGAUGAACACCAUGAGAAGGGGGGGGGUGUAACAGGACGCCUCCACAAGGAGACUGUAUUUACAAUGUAGGAGAACGCAUACAGUCUGCUGGUAUUAUAGGGUAUAAAAACAAUGGUAGCAUAAGUGAUGUUGAAUUCAUUUAUUUCUUUUUAUUGUAUUUUUAUUCAUAUGUUGAUGUUUAACUUCUUUUUUGUGUCAAAUUUCUAUGUCCCACCUGCAACAUUUCAGUUGCCUACUGCAGUGUUGAUCCAGAGCAAUGAAAUAAAAAAGUUUUUUUUAUAUUUAUAACACAUUAAUACAGAUAUAAUUGAACUGUAAAGUGCAAUUUCCUCUUUUAUAUAUCAAUUGGAAAUGUUUUCGUCUUGUUCGUAACUUUCAAAACAAAUUUUACGAACUUGCAUAGACACUAUCCAGUGACGUAUUGACAAGUGCUCGUCUUAAAUUCUUGGAAAAAAAGUCCUCAUUAGAAACGGGAAUCCAGAAUACCAUUAAAAGGCAUUUGAUUAAAUGGGUUUUCUUUUUCGAGGUUUCCUUUAAUAUGACUCGUAUCUGAUUUAGACUUGAUACGCAAUUGUUUUCCAUGGUCUUUUACUGUUCGUUAUCUUCACCUUUCACAUGUUAUCCAAGGCUAUUUUUAUGCCCAUACUUAACAGGAUAUAAGAAAUUGAUUACUUUUUAUCAUCGUCACAUCUUGAAAUUCAUAUCAAGUUAUUGGCCACAUAAUCAUUGAAAGCUGAGACAAAUAAACAUGUAUCGAAUGUACACUAAAACGGCUUUUAGAUCAGGACCUCUCGUAAUAUCUGAAGAGUGCGGAAAACAAAGGAAAUCAGAACGGACGGUUAAAAAAGAGAUUUGUAUCGCCCUAGUUUCAACAGUUGUGACUAGUAAUUAAAUGCAUUGCUAAGACUUUCAUUGUAAUACAAGCAAAUAACGAUAACAGAUUAAAAAGCUGAUUAUAUACAACAACUUCAAAACAAGUCACUAACAAUACAUGAAAUGAAAUGAAAGAAUGUAAAAUAUAAAGAAUGCAAAAUUAAGAGUUGGGUAAACACGGACCCCUGGACAUAACAGAGGUGAGAUCAGGUGCCUAGGAGGAGUAAGCAUCUAUUUUUGACCGAUCACACCGUCUAUCUAGAUCUGGUAAACUGAGUAAUCCGUAAUCAAACUUAGUGUCACAUAGCCAUUCCUCACGAUAAAUUAAAGACUAUGCAUUUUGACAUCAUAUACAGCUGUUUCGUCACCAAAAUGGAGCUCAAAAAUAUAUUUAUCUCAUUAGUCGUUCAAAAUUAUUUUGUUAAACACCAUUUUCAUUCUAUAUAGUACUAUGGCUCGGGUACUCUGAAAACAAUAUAAAAAUGUGCUGGAGUUCCUCAUUAACGAUUACUACAUAGUCUGUGGGGAUCAGGUCUUCCAACAAUUUGUUUUUAAGGUCAUAUCCAAAAGACCCGUGAUUUUCACUUUUAAAUGCAAAGUGGUGACCCGUGAUUUUCACUUCUAAAUUCCAAGUGUUUAGCGAAGGAGCAAUCACUGUACUAUAUUUACUUCUUAGGUUUGACGCUGCCAUGACACGAAGAUGGGGGGGGGGGGGCUAAAACUGAUGAUCUCCCGGUUUCUAAGUAAACGCUCUAGAUACCACUGAGCCACCAUGACUGAGGACGAUCUUUUCAUAUAAUAACCACACUUCGUUAUUUUACCAUUGGCGUACUUAUACGCAACGACAUUAUCAUUCUUACCAAUCUGCUUUCCGGAUUGAACCAGAACAUUUCAGCUGAUGGAGAAACCCCACAUUUCACUUUCACUUCGUGUUUUGUUAAUACAGCAAUAAAGUUGAUCACUGAUAAUUCAAUUGAUAAUCAUAAGAAUUAAGAAAUAUGUUUUAAACAAAUUUGGCGUGAAAUCCACAUCUAGUGAUUGUACUUAUACCCCAACUUCCCUUUCAAAAGAUGAAAAUCUUUGAAACCAUGCUUCAAGUUUAUAUAGACAUUUAAUAGUCCAGUCAAUGAAUAUGAGUUACCGUACCUAUACUGGAUUCCUAAACUUCACAAAAACCCUUACAAACAACGAUACAUCGUUGUAUCCAGUAAAUGUUCUACCAAGCCCCUAUCUUUGCUCCUCACGAAAAUAUUACCAGCUGUGAAGAAAAACCAUAAACUUACUAUGGCACAACAUAAUAUGACAGACGUGGUGUAAAUCAAAUGUGAAUUCUAAAACAAUUCUUAAGAGCUUUCAGUAAAUUUGAAAUCACAAAGCUUUUAUCAAAUCAACAGCAUCAAAACGUGCAACUUUUCAACACUUCACACGACCAUUCCUCACGAUAAAAUAAAGGCUAGCCUUUUCGACAUCAUAAACAAUUACUUCUUCAACAAAACUUGAUCAAUGAAAUAUUCAUAUCUGGUGAUCAGUCAUCCAAAAAAUUACUUUCUGAAACACCACUCUGAUUCGACACAUAAGUAUUCUGAAGUUGAAAUUUAAAAAAAAUAAGCUGGAGUUCCUCAUUGACAAUAUCUUCGUGGUCUUUGGUGAUCAGGUCUUUCAACAUUCUGUUGGAAUUCUCAUGGACACGAAAUGUAAUUCCUUGUUAGCUGACUUGUUAUAUAUUCUUUUGAUUCAGAAUUUAUUUUAAAAGCUUCUAAAUGAGAAGAAAAAAUAUCUUGCUGUGGCCUUCUACUCGACAUUUAGAUAUAUCAACGACGUUUUAUCCAUUAACAAUAAGCAUUUUCAUUCAUAUGUAGAUUCGAUAUAUCCCUGUGACUCGAAAUAAAAGACACCACAAAGUCAUCCACAUCUGCGUCAUAUUUAUAUAUUGUAUUGAAAAUAGAUAUUAAUGGCAAACUAUCAACUAAACUUUAUGAUAAACGGGGUGAUUUCAGCUUCUAUAUCAUCAUCUUCCCAUAUUUACGUAGCAACAUUCUAAUAUCGCCUGCACAUGGUGUUUAUAUCUCUCAAAUGAUUCGAUACGCAAGAGCUUGUUCUGUGCACGACAGGUUUUUAAUUGAGGCAGUCUACUGAUAAACAAGUUGAUAUUACAGCGGUUUCAACAGUCUCGUGUAAAGUCAGCAUUUUGCAAAUUCUAUGGUCGUUAUAACAACCUGUAAUUGGGUAAAAUACUGUCUGGCGCAUUUCAUAUCGAUUGUAGGCCGCCCUUGGCACACUGAUUCUGACUACGGAUAACUCUGUUUACCUGAUCAAAAUGUAUGGCUCACGGUGGGUGUGACCGAUCGACAGGGGAUGCUUACUCCUCCUAGACACCUGAUCCCACCUCUGGUAUAUCCAGGGGUCGGUGUCAGUCGAACUCUCUAUUUUGUAUUGCUUAUAGGAGUUAUGAGAUUGAUCACUGUUCAUUAUCUUCACGUUUUCAUGCUGCAAAACACAUUUUUAAAUGCAAUUGAAGAAUAUUGAAAACAACUGACAAUUUAAGCCUAUUUACGUACUUGUAGUUUUCUUGGACUGUGUAUUCAAAGCACUUGAUGUAAUCCAUCAACAUAAAACCGAAUACCUGAAGCAUUUUUCAAAAUAGAUUUAGUAUAUUCUACUAUCUCACCUUUUUCGUCAGUAAAAAAAAACCAUGUAGGUCUAGUCCAAUUCGAAAAAUUCCAUGAUAUCACGGUAAUCGAAUUCCUAGCUGUAUAAGUAAACGAUCGGCUGUAUAUUUCUGAACCUUAGUAGAAUAGAAAUAACAUUCUUGUUUUCGUGGAUGAUGCAGGAUAACAUCUUUGGUUACCAAUUAUAAAAGCCGUUGCGUUUCAAAAGACCUCGGCUAACACGGCUUUUAUACCUCAAAACAACAUAUCUCGACCUCGGAGGUUACUCUGUAUUAUCCACGAAACUGCGGAACCUUACUUCUUAAUUAUACGACAGAAGUUCAAGUACUGCAUAGAGCUGGGUAUUCUUUACAACAAGGACGAUAUGUUAAUCAGAAGCAGACUUUAAUGUCCCCCUAGCGUCAACAUUCGUGCAUUAAAGACCCCAUUGAAACUUUCAUGGGAAAUGUAGUAUUUAUGUAUGUAUAUUUGUGUGCACAUUUAUGUAUAUACCGAAUAAACAUUUGUUUGCUUCAACAAAUUCAUCAUAAUGAA